AUGACUUCUAAAGAAAUUCCACUAACAUAUUUUGAAGUAAUUAAGAAGUUAACAGAUGCACAAACAUUGCUUCUUAAUGAUGCUGAACAAAAUCCAGCAAAACGUCAAUUAACAGUUUUGGAUAAAACUUUAUCUUAUCUCAAAGAUACACCUGCUGUAAAUCAGAAUUCUAAAUCGUGUAUGGAAAUGUUAUCAGCUCUUAGUUCAUAUAAUUUAACAAAUACAGAAAAGAUGUCCAAGUAA